AUGUCUCCGAGACUAGUUUUGCUUCACCAAGAAAGACGUUACAUCCUCUUUGGUGAUGGAUUUCUUGUUUCAUGGGUUAAACUCUCUUAUGAUUUGGAUUCUUCAGUAUUGAAGGCUCUUGAAGAAGAACCAAAGAAAGAGAGAGCAACUGAUGUCAAAAACUUGCCAGCUCCAACUGUUAGGAAAGAUGUUCUCGAGCCAUUGCCUGAUGAAAGUGGUCCACAUAACCGUAUGGAGGUUAGCAAGGACGGAGGGCGUGAGGAUGAGAAGCUAUUAACUGAGUUUGCUAGACGCACGUUGGAGGUAUUUAUUGUUUAUCAUAUCUUAUGCACCAAAAAAAAAAAAAAAGAAGUUGAAGGUGCAUAUAAAGAAGCUAUUGCAUUGAAAAUGCAAGAAGAGCUUAUUCGUGAAGAAGAAAAUCUGAACAAGAGAAGAGUGAAGUCAACUAAAUUCGUGAAGAAAUAA